AACUGUCGUAUUUGGAAAGAAGAGUACCACCAGGAAAACUACGUCUCCACUCUAGCAGCCGUCAUCCUCAACAUAGUCACUUGUCCAAUGACUGUUUGCUUGAAUCUUCUGGUGGUAGUUGCUGUAAAAAGAAAGCCCAGACUUCAGACUAUGUACAACAUUCUGUUGUGUGCUUUGGCGGCAACUGACCUCGUGGUGGGAGCUGUAGUGCAACCGAGCUUCAUUGUUCAAGAAAUGUCGCUGAUAAAAGGUUCUUCAUUAACCGUUUAUUGUGCUGCAUAUAAUAAAGUAGUGUUCCUUUUUCUCGCCCCCUGCUUAGCAUCACUGUCGCUACUAGCAUUGCUGAGUAUAGAGCGUUACUUGGCCAUGAAAUAUUCCUUACGAUACCAACAAAUCAUAACGACGUUUAGAGUGGCCACUGCUGUUAUUAGCUGCUGGGUUGUCGCACUCCUUCCUCCAGUUUUCAUUUAUUCAGCCAGCCUGGCCGCUCAGGGUUUGUCUAUAGCCGUAUCGAUAGUGUUUGUGAGCCUCGUUGCGAUCUUUUACUGCCACAUCUCUGUCUAUUCAGUAACUCGUCGCCACACCCGUCAAAUCAAGUCCCAACAAGUUUCGCAAGACGCGGCGAAGAAAUUCCUGGAGGAUAAGAAGGCUGCGAUAACCACCACCAUCAUCGUUGGGUUUGCGGUAUCUUCAUUUGUGCCGUCACUGGUGUAUAGAUUCAUGCCCCCACUUCCUCUUCACAAUUACCUUGGCAAUCUAUUUAUCAGUUUUAAGCCCCUCUUGCUAUCUUGUGUCUUGAUCAAUUCACUGUGCAACCCUAUUAUUUACUGCUGGAGAAGCUCAGUUCUUCGAAAAGCCAUGUUGGAACUACUUGGAAAGAAAAACACUGGAUAGACAGUUACCCAAGAAGACUGUUCCAAGUAAACUGUAACUUAACAUAUAUGUGCCGUUAAGGAUAAAUUACCCGAUGCUGCUGAUUUAUUUCAAUCUUUGCUUUAUUUGUUUUUCGUAGAUCUUUCAGCUUUCUUUUUAUUUCUUACCCGUAAGAACCCUGGUAUCAAAACUUUACAUUUCCUAUAGAAGCAGUGAAGAAUUGUCAAAGUAUAGAAUUCACCUUGUGUAAUCAUGUCCUUACUUCUCAUCACCAGCCUGUCUCACAACCGAUGCUGAUCACUCUUAGGCCCGGUUCAGACGCCGAUCUUUUCACGAGCCGAUUCUAUUACAUUGAAUUAAGUACAUGAAAAGUUCGGCGUCUGAAUCAUGUAACAUACAAAGCUUUAGUGGGCAUCAGUCCUUCUCGAUCUAUAACUUUUGUGAGUCAGUUGUAUCCUGGAUCGCUGUCAGAUAAGGAAAUAGUUUCCAGGUGUGGUAUACUACACCCAGAACUUUGGGAGAAAGGGGAUUCAAUUAUGGCAGACAGAGGAUUUACAAUCCAGGAAUUACUUGACCCACUAGGAGUUAAGUUAAACAUACCUGCAUUUCUUGAUGGCAAAGAGCAGCUUGACAAAGAAGAUGUUGUAUUUGGGCAAACAAUUGCCUCUGUUAGAAUCCAUGUAGAACGUAUUAUUCCUCACAUCAAGAAAUUUAAAGUGAAAUUCCACUAAAUAUGAACGGGACCAUAAACCAAAUAUGGACAGUGGCUUGUCUUCUAUGUAACUUUAUGGACCCGCUUAUUAAGCAAUAAUGUUAUGUAAUAUAUCAAACAUGAGAUGCAGUGUUUCAUCACCAGAUGAAACACCGAGAAGAGAGUUGAAAAUACGACGCGCAGCGGAGUAUUUUUGACGAACUUCGAGGUGUUUCAUCUGGUGAUGAAACACUGUGUCGAAUGUUUGAUAUUUCUUCUCAAACAAAAUCAUUUUUGAAGGAGAAAUUAAAGAUGCAAAUACUAAGCAGUGUUUCAUCCGAUUUCCAAACACUCAUUAAACAUUAAUUUCCUUUGUAUUUUCUUAAUGAAUUAUUAAUGAGUUUGAGAAGGUUUUAUCAUCAUUUCCUUCAAAGUGCCCAAUGAUUUACAAGGGUCAAGUCGGUUUAUGAAUAAAUAACAAAACUGAAUUUUCCCUUUUUCAAGACUAACUAGCAUUUCUUUUGUCAAUGAAAACACUUUCCCUUUUAGAAUAUUUGAUAUUUUGCAAUAAUUGAAUUUCCACGAUUUUCCAACAGUACCUUUCUUGAGAUUAUUGCACAAAUCAUUGCUCUCAUAGAAAUUGAACAGAAAUUGUCAAGUAAUUGCUGAACAUGUAAUACUUUUAAUAUUCUUGCCAUGGAAGUCAUCUUUUUUAAGAAUUCUAUGAAAUACUCCUUCUCGUAUAUUGUCAAUAAAAUACAGUAAAAAUCUGCAUACAAGAACCUAGAUUUUUCCAGCUUAGCCUAAAUAGGUUCUUAUAGAAAUGGUAUUUAGUGGGAUUCUAGGCUACUUAGGUUCUUAAACAGGUUCUUAAUUUGAUAGGGGCACUAGCGAUCAGCACAGAUAACUACUCUCGGGCAUAUGAGAGACACGUGGAUCUGUAUUCUUAAUAAUUGCAUUGUGUAAUCCAGUAUUGGCAAAGACAUAAUAUGGUUUUCAUUUCAGUUCAUUGUUUGAAUCUUACUGACUGAAACCCUAAAAGUUUUUCUCCGUAUUUUCAUCUUUGUAAAAUAUGAACCUAUUGAAAAUUUUAGGCUAAAUAGGUUAUUAUGAAAAGGGGGUUUCAAAUAAACAUUAUAGCCUAACAAGUUCUUAAAUUUUAGGUUUCUUAUACGUGGGUUUUUACUGUACUGUAAUAACAUUGCAGCUAGCAAGGUAACCUUAUCCUUGAAGCCCUAACACCCAUCAACAGGAGUCUAAAAGCUAGAUACUAUGGAAAACUGGUACACGUUGUAACGUCAUCGUUUGUUCAGGCACACUGCACAGUAUACUAAACUGCAUUUAGGCCAUGACCUGAGGAAGAAACCACUUUACAUAGAAGAUGUUUACUUUACAUACUACUUGGUCAAAAUAAUCUUUAUUAAAUGGAACCCUUGUGAUGAUCAUCCCUUUAAAUAGAUAGACUACAAAGUCAACCCACUCUAAACCACAGAAACCCAUAACUAGCUGGACUUGGGUGUAAUAUCCUAGGUGACGAUCGUUCUUCAGGUUGGGUUAACCAUCAACUAAUUCAAUUUAAAACGAUUCAUCUUGCAUCGCCUCCUCUGGGGUGUGGUUCUUCUUUCCCUCUGGACAUUUCAUUUCAAUUGUCCCUAUCUUCCCAGAUGAGGAACAUGGAUCAAUAACAAGACCAUCAGGACUGCCUUCAAUCCAAAACAUGCACCCCUGUCUCUCUCAAGGUAAUUGGCCUCUUCAAAUAGUGCUUCAUGACAUCAUAAUAUUUUUCUCUUGCAACUGGCUCAAAUCUUAUGCCAUGCUUUAGCUUUCUCUGCUGAAUUGCUGGAAUUUCAUCUAGAGGCUUAAAUUACUGGUUAAGUUUCUUGGCAAGAUUAUUGAAACUUCGUUUCCUUACAUAUAUUCUGUGACACACAGAUGAUCCAAGUCUAUUUUUGCGGUGUUUUAUCAACUCAUCACAUUCCCUUUGCUUAACAGUCCUUUUCUCAAUAUCAAUACUUUCUUGGUGAGUUACUCUUAAGUGUUCAAUGAAUUUUUUUUGUACAGUACUGAAAUGAACAGCUUCAGGUAAAUCUGGGAAAUGGAAUGGCAAGCUUACUUUGUAAAUGUCACUUGAAUCUGCUUGAGCAGGGUUAACUGCCGGUUCCAGGUUAGUGACAACAGUGAAAUUGAAUUCCAAAGAACUUAAAUGAAAAGAGAGGGGAGAUCCAAUGACCACUGGUCCCUACCUGGUGUCUAUAGUAGCAGUAAACCUUUAUUUAACUAGGGUAAUCCCUUCAGAAUACUUAAAAGUAUAUCUGUUAUCAAUAGGAGCCCUAAAUUAAGACUAAUAAAAAAGUUCAAAAUAAAUAAUAAGAAACUAAGUAACUAUAAGUUAAUAAUAGUACAGUAUAACAAUUAAAACUAAUUCUUAUUUACUAAAUAAUUAUUAUACACAACUGAGCUAUUAUAAUAAAAACUUUUCUUGGCGGUCUCAGUUCUUACUGCAGGAACGUAUAUAAAAUUGCUUCUUCUUGUUUCUCUUGAAAUAACUUCCUUAUUCAACUUAAAAUAAUUCUUUAAAAACUAUGGUACAUCAUUAUUUAAACACCUCUUCACUAAACCUAAAAUAUGAGCGUUACGGCGAUCUUCUAAACUCUGAAAUUUAAGAUAGUCGGCGGAUGUUGUACGACAUUUAGAUUUAACUAUAAUUUUCGAGGCCCGCCUUUGCAAAGAUUCAAGACUUUCCAUAUCUGCUUUAUUGCAGCUGGACCAAACAACAUCGCAAUAAUCAAAAAUGGGCAAAAUUAAUGAAUUAUACAUCUCGAAAGCUGCAUGUAUAGUGAUAUUCCUUCUAAGGCGCCCUAAGACACCAACUCUUUUACCAACCUUAGAAAUAACAUAACGAACAAGGCCUUUCCACGUAAGACUAUCGUCAAGAACGAUGCCUAAAUACUUAAAAUCAUAAACUCUAUUAAUUUCAUAAUGACUCUAUUAUAUAUUAGUCACCAAUUCAGGCUUUUUUGGGAUGACAUGGGAAAAACCAAUAAGAGGAUGAAUUGAUUCCAAUUCCUUUUGCAUUACUUGAACUCCACGGAUGUCUAAUCUUUUUUUUUUCUUUACUCUUGGAUCAAACAGAGUUGGUUUUAUUCCCUUGUUCGUUAAAUCCUUUUGAACUGAUGUCUUCAUUAUGGGUUCUUUAGGCAGACCUUUCUUACCUUAUAACAACAACAGAAAAAAGUUUGAUCACUAUGUGAAUAAUGCUUAAGUCACAUCAAAACUUUCAGACACAUCAUACAACUUUAUCAAGACGUGCUUCAGCAUCACCUAUGCUAAUAUCAGUUUAAUUCUUCUGCUAGCAGACGAAAACCGAGCAUGUUAACUACUUGCAGCUGAGCUGCCCAAAGGUACAGGUAGGUAAUGGCAGCUAAUUGAAAUCAAUUUAUACUUUACCAGGAAUACCUCAUUUCCUUGACAUGCUUGUACAUGCUGCUUCCUCAGGUAUCCUGUCAAAGUCUUCCAAAGAGUAACGAGCGAGUUCAAGUAGAAGACUCAUCACAUGAUUACAGUAUCCACUUUUGCCAGCUCUGGAAGUACAGUGUGCUUCCCGUACACUCCCAGAAGUUACAUUGAGUGAAACUUCUAGUUCGUGAAUUUCUCGAAUACUCAUGCUGGCACGACACUUUGCUUUUACUAUAAACGAGUUACCAAAUACCUUCGUAUACACUGUGUCUGAUGAAAGAUACUGUGUGAGAUUAUAACAUUCCGUGACAAUUAAGAUGGACACUUAAUCUUAAUUUUUUAGUUUGGCCAUGUCCACACGUAUCCGGAAAUUUUUUUUUCCGCAAAUAUUUUUUUGCGGAUGCAAAAAUUUUCGCGUCCACACGUAUCCGAUUGUAUCCGGAAAUUUUCUCAUUUGCUCUAGUGCCCAGUUUGUGUCUUUGGUUUGAUCCGUAGAUAGGGUAACUCAAGUAGUAAUGGAUGGUUUGGUUUAUCCUUUCCAUUUUGUGGAAAAAAAUAAUCCUGAACACGCUCGGAAGAAUUACAAGGUCUUACGAGUUGUACGCAGGGAAGGAGAAUUUUUACUAUCCCAACGGUAUUUGCUUUAGGGGGCCCCAUAGAAAAAAAUUGUUUUAAGAUGGAAUGAUACUCCUUUUGUUCCUGUAUGGGACCGAAUCAAGAGAGAAUAAUGGACCAAAUAGUCAGCCGGCUCAGUGUAUGACCCCAAGUGAGUUUUAUAAAAACAAGUACAUACAAAGGUAUUGGCCAGCGACUAACUGGAUUUUGUAUUACUUUAUGUUUCUGUUGUGGUUCGACGGUUUGCCACUGGUGACGUUUUUGUUUAUUUGCAGUAAAUUACAUUUUGAAUUUUUACAGGCCUCGUCUGAUUAAGUUGGCCAAAAAAUAGAAGCCACUAUUACUUCUUUUAAGAUUGCGCGUUAGACAAGGACGGUGUUGUGUCGACCUGUUAUAAGAUCUAACAAGGAAAGCUUUCCUGGGGUCCUUAUUUGUUACGAUUUGUGGAAAUUAAAUGCCUUUUAAUAAUGGUUCGUUUGUAUCUAGAUUCUGUACUCUGACAACGCUCUGUCCAGCGGCACAUCCCCGUAGUGGCCAUAUAAGGGAGUACACCCCCAGGUAACCAUUGCAUGCAAACCAUCUAGUACAAUAGCAAGGUUUAAGAAUACAGAAUUCGUACGUCAGAUAACUAAUCAACAUUAAUUUUAAAAAAAAUGGUUAGGACCGCGUAUAAAGUUAAAUGGUUUGAAUGAGCGGAGACAUAAAUUAUAAAAGUAAUUUUGUAAGUUACGUGCUUGCAGACGUCAUCAUCUUUGUUUACGAAGUACCAUUCAUAUUUUGGCAUUAUAUUAAUGUUGACAAAGUAAGUUGAAUCAUUCUCAAAAAAUUAUUACAAAGUGGGAUGGAAUUAUUACAAAUUGCGACAGCUUAGUUUAUUACAAAGUGCGAUGGACAGUUAUUACAAAUUGCGAUACCUUUUUUAUUACAAAGUGCGACACGGCUUAUGACAAAUUGCAACAGGUAUUACAAAGUGCGAUGAAUUUAUUACAAAUUGCGACAGGUAUUACAAAGCGCGAUGAUUAACUGGGUUAACUUGUGGAAAUGGCUUUGCAAUCGCUGAGGCUAAAUUGUCCCUUAAAAUGCCUUAUUUUCCAGACUAAUGAGGAAAGCUUUACUUUUGUUACCUCAAGACAGACGUUUCUAUCAAAUGGAAGUUCAUGUAUUCAAUAAUUUCUUUUUGAGGUGAGAUUUUACUUUUCAAGUAAGAAGGGGCAUUAAAUUGCCAAUCAGUGCGAGAGACUGACAUGAAUUAGUAGCCCGGUAUAUGUAAGUUGUUAUUUUUCCGCAGUGCUUCUGAAAAUGUGUGUUAAUUCAACCUGCAAACACUUCUGACUGUCUUUCAUAUGCCUUCUAUUGCUUAUUCUUUAGGUGCAGAUGGAAAAUAGGAAUUUUCAAAAUUUCAUCAUGCAAGAUCUAGUUACCAAAAUGAAAAAAGUACGCCAAAAAUAUAAACAGGAAGAAAGACAAGUCAAGCAAAAGUGGAACAGGGAGAAGAAAGAAAAGGAGGUAUUUUGACAUUAUGGACACCACAAUGUCCGACAAGCCACAGGUCAUACCACCUCUCAUCAUCAAUUCCUCUAUACCUUCCACAUCUGAACCACCCAGUGCUACAUCUGUUGAUGAGAAACCUUAAGUUGGUAAGCCUGUAAGGUUUUUAUCUUUUUGGCCCCCGCUGCUCAUGUUUAAACUUGAAAAGGUUCCUUACAGCCAUCCUAAUUAUUUUGAAUUGGGGGAGUGAGGACUGGGUGAUUUACUUAACUGUCUCAUUCACUGCAUAUUCAAUGAAACUGCAUUACAUUGAGUUUAUUAAUUUCAUUACCUAAUCUCCGCAACACAGAUAAUUUGCAAUUCUCCAUUAUUUGGUUUGUUUUGUUUUCUGUAGACAAUGAUGAUGCAGAUGAUCACGAUAACAAUGAGAGUGUUGGUUCUCACCAGUCGACCUGCAGUGAAGAUCGAGGUGUGUAUCAAGCGUUGGUAAUCAAUCAACCAACCAAACAAGCUUUUUGCUCUUGUUGUUUACUAGUUGUUGUUCGUUAACUAUCCCACACCUCCAUUAAUAGAAUAGUAAGAAAUUAGAUGCAAAUGUUUUACCCAUCUUAACCGUGGUUGACAAACUUUCAGUUAUUUGAGAAUUUUGGCAUUCUUUAUUUUAAGGGAAUUCCAACAUUCGUGAAGAGUUACUAAUGAUGUAACUAGAACAUGUAUUCUUCGGACAAGCUUGCAUGCUAUCAUCAUUGUAAUUUUAUUGUUCUUAGAAGAAGUAUAUGUGACUAGGAAAGCCACGCUUCAACUGCAUUUUUCUUGUAACUUCCCAUUAACGUUAUUACUUCUUUUUACUGUCCCCGCUAAAUAAUAAUAGUCAGACCCUGGAGGAUGAUCAGGAACCGACGAAAAGUGAACGUAGAGAUUGUGUUAAAAUCAAGCCGAAAGUACCCCGAAAGAAAUGUAAGACGCCAAACAUUGAAAAGAGCCUUGAUGUGUUCUGUAAGAAGUUUACGCAGAUCUCAAGGAAGAAACUGAACGGUAAGAGUUCAUUUUUGCAACAUUUACAGUCUAAACGUGUAACUUGGAUCGAAAUAUCCUUAUAAAUUAGGUUUAGGUUUAGACUCCCUUCAAACAGAGCAAAUAAGAGGCUUUCCUGGUAUCCACAAAUAAAACAAAGCUGUUCAUAUCCUGCCAUCAACCUGUUAACGGCAGGAUAUGAACAGUAUUAGCUCCAUUUCUUUUUAUUAUCUUGGUAGACUACCUGCUGCUAAGGUCUACAGAUGGUGAUAUAGACUCUGGAGUGCUGACUUGCCCUCGUAAAUCAAGUAGGUACCCUGCAAAAGUUUUAAAUGACUUGGGACUUUGCAGAUGACAUCGCCUUGCUUGAGUCAUCCAUCUCCCGUGCUCAGUCGCAGCUAACCAGAACUGCCAAUGCUGCUGCUGACCUUGGACUUGUCAUCAGUGCUCCCAAGACUGAGUAUAUAACGAUCAACUGCUGUCCACAGCUUCCACUAGAAGUAUAUGGUAGUACAAUCAACCAUGUACAAGACUUCAAAUACCUUGGCUCCAUGAUGGCAUCUAGUAGUGGGGAUCUCAAAAGAAGGAAAGGGCUUGCAUGGACAGCUUUUUGGAAGCUGGAACGUCUGUGAAGAUGCCCUAACAUCUCUAUCUCCACCAAGAUCAAGCUAUAUAAUACUGCCUGUGUCAAUGUUCUUCUAUAUUGCUGUGAGUCGUGGGUCCUGUCGAAAGCAAUGGAAAGCGAGAUCAAUGCCUUUGGUACCUCAUGUUAUGGAAUUAUGCUCAACAUCAAGAGAAUUGAUAGGGUGUCCAAUGCUAAAAUCUAUGAUCUAACUCAGACUGCCCCGCUAGUAGAAAAUGUCAGAACCCGCCAACUGAGGUUUCUGGGUCAUGUACUCAGGAUGCCUGAUGAUGAGCCAUGCAAGGAGUACGCACUGUAUAUUCCACCACAUGGGAAGAGAAAACCAGGAGGGCAACGAACCCUGUUUCUCAGAUAAAUUCAACACCUUUUGGGAGACACAGACAACAUGAUUGGCCCGGGCAAGCUGUCUGAAUUGGCACAGAUCGUUGUGGCUGGAGGAAGCUCGUAGUCGCCUGCUCUGCAGCCGACCAAUGAUGAUGAUGGAAUGGUUACCUUUGUUCCCUGGGGAAAUGAAAGGCAACGUUUAGAAAUGGAAAAUGAAAUCAAUGUCCCAAGAUUAAUCUUGGGUCAACAGCGUCGGCCACCUGCAACGCCUGGUCAGUUUAUCCCAAAGGAGAGAGCUUUCUGCUAUGUUCAAUUUUAUCCCGUGAUGUCAGCCACUUCUAGUUAUCAAUCAUCUAUCCCUAUUAACCCUGGUAUGGACGAAGUGUCCCUCGACUCAGAUAGCUCAAGCUUUACUACCUUGUGAUAGUUGUAGUGAAACGAGUAAUGAUUAAGGGUAGAUUUACGAUUGCCACAAGCGGUGUUGGUUUCUGAUGACUAAUUUUCUUAUGUUCCCUUUAAAUGAGACAAAAUGUUGGGUUGUACAAAGCUUUUCUUCGGUAAAGCGAAUUUACGGCAAAGUGGAAAAAAACUUGUAAGUAAUUAUUCGAAGUUUCCAUGUAUUCAACAUCAUUAUCAACAAAGAAAAAACGUCUACAAAGUUGUUAAAGGGUGACUUGAGUUCCUGUUUGAACAACAUUUCUUCAACAAAUUUGAGUGCCUUGUUGACGAAAUGUUGCUCCGACGCAGGACCUCCUUUAACCCUUGACUUUGCAAUUUCUCCAAUUUUUUGCUGCCGCGUGCAUACAUGGUCCUAUCUCUUCUUGCACGCGUAAUGAGCAGUACUGCGUGAAUUCACACGCGAGGCAGUUACGAAAUUUCUUCCAGCUCAGUUUCCCUGAAUUUGAUGUAAAUGUCUUCUAAGAAAUUUAAUCCAUUCAAAGACUUUCAAUCUGACCUAAACAGAGAAGUUCCAACAGGAAGUAAACAAUUAAGAAACAACUGCUGAAGAAUGGAACAGAAAAAGAGCAGAUUGCAGGCCCAAAGAAGAAAAUUAAGGACAACAGUCGACAGGUACAUUUCUAUAGGUUUUUGUCAAAGGAUAAUUUAAGAGGUGAACUAUGCCAAGGCCAAAAGUACAGUCCUCAGAACAUAAAAACCGGCAUUACAAACAAGUGUAAGCCGAAAAUAAUUUCAAGUAUCAUAACUGCCGUGAAAAAAAUGACUCAAGUGUCAGUUUGAUUUGGUUAUUGAAUGGCAAAAAUGAUGACAUAAAGCAUCUUGAUAGUUGUCUCACCGUAAAGUGCAUGGCAGCUUCAUUACAUUGAUCAGACUCUGUUUUUGCAUGAAGUGACAGGAAGGCUUAAAUAUCAAUACAUUGCUGCAAAUACUGUAAUGCUUGAACGUUCAACUGCGAGUGUCUUGACUAUGUUGUUUCAGAACAUAUAUCUCUCUUACUUAACAUGAUUUAACCUUCACACCGCUGUUUCUUUAAUUACUAUUACUCAUAUUUAAUGUCAAUAUUCUUUUUACAGCUUAAUAGCUCAGUAAAUACACCAAUAUGGGAUACCAAAAGGGCAUCUGCGCUUGCAAAUGUAUCUGUGCCAAAACCGUCCGCCCAUCAUCUGAUCAUGGUGAAGGCCGAAUGCGAGACGGAUCAGGGCUUCUCUGAACUCUCCACAAGCUCUAUUGAAAUCAACGAAGCAGGAAGCACCGAUAGCCCUUACCCAACUGAUCAAGACAGCCAUAAUAUUGGUAGUAAGCCCGAAUCACUGAAUCCACCCCAAGUGACUGAUGAAUUUACAGUCCCAGCAGAUGUAAGUAAUUUAUUCCUCUUAGAAAUUGAAUUGAUAAAAAUCAGUGGUGUUGUAACUCAUUAUUGCAAGAACAAAAGUAAUGUCACUCUAUAAUUAUAUUGCUAUUAACCUUAUAUUAUAUAUUUCCAUAUCCUUUACCUGAUAAUUUAUAGGGAUGCAAACAACGUUUAAAUUUUUUUAAGGUCUCAAGUAAUUUUGCAGAUUUAAGUGUGAGUGCAACAGUUGUUCGUGGCUUAAAGCAAGAACAAUGAAAGUAAUAAAUAUAAAAGUGUCAAAAAUUAUAUUUAAAGACGGUAACACGUGAAAGCGUAGUAUCUGAUAACUCUUGGGACCACUGAAGAGCUGAUCCUUCCCUUUCAUUUCUUAGGCUUUGUUACGUGCAGAAGUGAAGAGCAGCAGGACCCCUAGUGUGGCAGAAAGGACACUGCUUUCCAUGAUGUUUGCUCAGAAGACAUUAAAAGUUUCUUCAGUGAUGGGAAAAAAAAUUUAAAAAAAUGAGCCAGCGAGGACACCCCUAGACAAGCUAAUAGGUAAACAUAAUUUUCCUUUAUAAGUCUUAUACAGGCAUUCAGGUGGACCUUAAUGAUAUAUAGCAGAAGACACCGUAAGACUAGAGAAAACAAAAACCUUCUGUACAAAAGUAUACUUUUUCAUAUAGAGCAGUUUUAUGUUGUUCUCUCAAGACAACUUGAUUUAGAUGUUCCCCAAUUGUGAGCAAAUGCAUAGAGGCCAAGAUGACAAGUUGUAUAUUCUUUGACAAGUCACUGGGCAAUAAAAUUGAAGAUUAAAGGGACUGGUUCACGAUAAUGCGCAUGCGCGCCGUUUGUCUCUUCAGAAUAAAUUUGUCGGGUCAACACUAAAUUCGAAAUCGCCAUUACCGAUACAAUCGUGGAAAAUCCUUCGUUUUAUUCGGACAUCCGUCGCUUUGGCUGUUCUAGUUAUACUUCGGUAGUAGUGAUUAACGUGCGGUUGUGUCGUUUGACUGGUUACGUUUUGAGAAGACGCAAAAAAUAAUGUUUUGAUCAUGGAGGUUCAGAAGAGCAUCGUGGUCGUCCGGCAACAGGACGUUCUCAAGAGUCUCUGGAGAUAGAGAAGCUUAGCAUAUCGAUCUGGUAUGGUUCUAGGAGUAGUGUGUGGCAUACGAAAAGAAUACACGACACUUGGAAAGUGGUUAAAGGCAUGAUUUCGUUCAACUUUGAUUUGAUAUUUGACUGCGACCUGUAGUUAUACCGCGACAGGCCGCGCGAUCUUCACCGAUCUGGUACACUUGAAAUGUUCCUUCUAUCUUUGCUUUACGAUCGUAUAUGUUUAAGAAUUGAUGUUUUUAAAAUAAAUUAUUGCCUGAAUAUUCUGUUUAUAAUCUAGUUUCUUUAUGUGUGCUACUCGAUAACAUUUGUUUUGCGGAACACUGACCCGAUGCAACGCGAAUAAAUUUGUUCAUUUGCUGAUAAGCAAUUGAAAUUUAUGCUCAAUUAAGGAUAAUCUUUAUACUCAUACGUUGUGUGUUUUCGUCACCGGUCAGGCGCUAUUUGUAGGUAUUUCUGGGUUUAUAUAAGGCGAACUGAGAGAACAGUAAUAAGAUGUUCGUUUGCAAAUUUUGUUUGCCGAUCGGUGACUGUUUUGUUAGCGUGGGUACGACCUCGUAAAAAUACACGUUGGUAAAUGUUUGUUUCAAAGCAGGACAGGGCCGUAAAUCUUAUUCUUAUCGGCUGCAACAUAUAUCUGAGGAGCAGCAAAGAAUAAACUUGAAUUAUGGGGAUAAAUAAAAUCAAACCAAAUGCCCGGAAAUAAUCUCGCGUCGCGAACAAUUAAUUUGAAUUUUGUAAAUUUACUUGCGUGCAUCUAACUCGUUUCCGAUUGGUUGAAAAACAAUCAGCUACUGUCAGAACUCACACAUGCGCAUUAUCGUGAACCAGUCCCUUUAACACAUCCCAUCAGACCGGAAAUAAAUGACAAAAUUAUCACAAAAUCUCAGGGAAUACUCCGUCAGGCGACACCACGAAUUGUCCCCUAGCCCAAAUCCUCACCUACAAGUGUAAACGCAAUAUGUCUGAAAUAUUAACCCAAGGUUUUAGCUGCAUUUCUGGACAAAGGUGUAGAAAUCAAAGGGGCUAUGUCACAAUUAUUUAGUAAGGAAAUUGUUUGUCAGAAGAUCUAUAAAGUGAGAAAAUUACUUGUAAUCGUGACAGCGUCAUACUUAACUAUAUGACUCUUCAGAUCGUCAUUUUUUCAUACAUUUCAAUCUUUUUCAAUUUUCUUCACCAAUGCCUUCUUUUGUAUGUUUUGAAAGUGCUGUUUUUAUGUUUUCCUCAGGGAGACUGACUUUGCUAAUAUUGUGACACAGCUCCUUUAGCAAAUAGAAUCCCUUUCAACCUCAUGACAAAUGAGGGACUGGCCCAUAGCAUCACUGUUUCAGUAAUAUUAAUUGAGUGCUGAACCAAAACCUAACUAAUUGAUUUUUUCAAUAUUGAGCUCACUUAGAGAUUAUGUCACAAAUUACUUCCAAAACACAUAUCAAUUAAAUUUUAAUAGUUUUUCCACUGAGCACUCUGCCAAUAGGUAUGCUUAUCGACUACUUUAUUAAUUGAAAACACAAUUUUUAUAUAUUUAGCCAUUUCCUAAACAUAUAUAAUAAUUAUAUUUUAAAAGGUCUGUUCUAAUCUAUAGCUUAAUUGCACUUUCUGCGAAUUAUUAGGCGUUCAAUUAUCAACUGAUAUAUCUGUCAGUCUCAGUUUUAUUGAAUUCCAUGGAAAUCAAUGUCUUAAUCCUCCAUGGAAUUCCAUGGAGGUAUUUCACACGGGUACCUUAACAUGUUAUUUUUCUUGUUUUGUGUUUGAACACUUUUAUGUAAUAACCGCAUUUCGGAUUGUGUGAGUUUGGGUAAUAUUCCAUUUCUAUCGCGUAUGUCGUGCUUGCACAAACAAACACGAGGUGCGUACAUUGUUCAGUCAGUGGAGCCGGGAAGCAGAAAUAUAAAAGAAUGAACACAACAUCAAGAGUUGUUUAGGUUCACGCAAACCAAAACUCCACAAUGUCGAAAAAGCGAGCAUAUGGAACAUGAGCUUUAAUUUUGGUCCAACACUAAUUAGGUACCUCUGAUAAUAAUGAUACUGUAUUAAACGUUAACGAACAUUUAGAUGAUGAAAAUGUUUCUUUACUCUCCUGAAUGAUUGUUGACAUUUUCAUUAACUCGAAAAUUUAUUGGCAUAUUGAAUUUUUUUCCCUAUGUAAAAAUCUUUUUUGAACACACAAAAUAAAAAUGUUAGUUUAAUUUCUGUAAUGAUUACACAAUCGUUUAAUUGACGGAAAUCUUGACGCUCACUAAAAUUAUUUCAUGGUAAUGAAGGGCGAAAGGAGUAAUAUUUUCAGUGCGAAAGAUGUUCGCAACUUCCAGUCUUCGCUCAGAACUUUGUUGAUGUUCCCAUGUUCAGUGCUGCGAGCCCGAAGAAACAUUUUAUCAUGGAAGGUAAUUCUUUUAGACAACAAAGAAAGUCGUUACCAUAUCAAGUUCGCCGGAGACUUUGUCGUGCAAAAGCAAAAAAAACAUGUAGCUUAAAUCGCAGUUUUUUAAAAUAAAGAUGUGAUAAAUAAUGUGUAAAGUACAGUCAACUAAGAAACGGCUCAAUACAAUGGGUAAAACUUUACGCUACCGACGGGACUCUCAAAAGUUCUGUUGCACGCAAUAUUCAUGUUUGUUAAAAUAAAAAGAAAAUUUAAGAUGUCUGGUUGACGAACUGUGUAAUCUCCUCUUUUACUUAGCGACUCGGGUCCGGAGUUUGAUAGACUGUUCAUUCAAACCAGCCAGUACGUUGAAGGCUUGAACUAGACAGGAAAAUUUUGAAGAAGCUAAAUGCAGAGGAAAAAGUCCCUUUACUUUUUUGCGUUCUACUGAUAAAAAGGACAAGCUGGAUCCAAAAGAAAACUCACAUGACAUUUUAUGAUGAAUCUGCUUCUUAUUUGUUUCCCAAAAUGAAGACAUUGUCUUUUCAUUGCAUAUCGUUCUCUUUGAUAUUAUAACCUUUUGUUCGAAGAUUAACUCAAUAGGCGCGAUGUUACUAAGUUUUGAUUAAUUUUGUAACUUAUUUCACCGAUAUUUUGACAUCGAUGAAAUAAAAAGUAAGAACAAUAUUAAGACAUUAUUUUAUUCAUACUGAAAGAAACAGACCAAUUUCAGCGUCUAGCCACCGAAGGACAGCUAAAAACUGGACAGUGCAGCAAAAAGCGCUGCAUUUUAGUUUGUCCUUUUACGUUUUACAAUGACUUACGCGUUUCAAAUUAAUUAUUUUUACUUUUUUAUUGAGAAAGGCAGUUUACAAAUUAAUCGGCAUUUUGAAUAAUGACAGUCCUCAUUUCAUCCUCAGUUUAUCCAACGGGAUUAUCCAGUUUUGAUCCAAAAUGGAGAUAAUAAUAAUCAAUCAUACGUGGUCCCAUUUCGAAAUUUCGUCGCCGCUGUCUUCUUAUAGUCAAAACUUAAAAGCGCCAUAUUAUAAAGUUUUAAUUUAUUUUGGCAAUCACCCACUGAUAUUAAAAGGAAAAAAAAACAUUUAUAUUUAAGCAAAAUGCCAUUCAAUCUGAAACAAAAAAAUCAGUGAAUGCCACUUACAGACAACCACAAAACCUCGGCAGAACAACAUUCAUGCAUUUCGGUUAGUUUGAGAUUUCGGUUUAAUUUGUAAAUCAUUCAAAAUAGCGUAAAUUACUUUUUCGUUAACAAAAAAGGGUAAAUUAUAAUUAGACCAAUUUCAGCCUAGUUUAAUCCGCUAUUCAAACUACAAUUUUGAGUAAGGACAACUCGUUAUAAAGUGGUGUAAGCUACUUCUCGUUUUCAGAUCAAGAGAGCUGGUUUAGGGGCAACGCUAGAAAAGAGCUGUAUUUAGUAUUACCUUAUCUAUUUUUUGCCACACAGAUAGAAGAAAGACCGAAACUGUGACUUAAAACAAGAUGAAUUCUUCAGAUCUAAGUAACAGUUCGAUCCUUCCCUCGACGGCAAACUGUCGUAUUUGGAAAGAAGAGUACCACCAGGAAAACUACAUCUCCACGCUAGCAGCCGUCAUCCUCAACAUAGUCACUUGUCCAAUGACCGUUUGCUUGAAUGUUCUGGUGGUAGUUGCUGUAAAAAGAAAGCCCAGACUUCAGACUAUGUACAACAUUCUGUUGUGUGCUUUGGCGGCAACUGACCUGGUGGUGGGAGCUGUAGUGCAACCGAGCUUCAUUGUUCAAGAAAUGUCGCUGAUAAAAGGUUCUUCAUUAACCGUUUACUGUGCUGCAUAUAAUAAAGUAGUGUUCCUUUUUCUCGCCCCCUGCUUAGCAUCACUGUCGCUACUAGCAUUGCUGAGUAUAGAGCGUUACUUGGCCAUGAAAUAUUCCUUACGAUACCAACAAAUCAUAACGACGUUUAGGGUGGCCACUGCU